CCACACACACCCCAGCACACACAGACACAACACACACCUGUACGACAUCAUACUACACCCGCUUCUGCACUCCUGUACGCUCGGGACCGACUGAUGCGUCCUCGGCGGCAGUACGCGCGCUAUUUGCCUCGUGCUCAUGACGACCAGGCGCAGCGUCUGACGUCACUGCUAACAGCAGCAAUGGCGGCGCCCACGGAAAGCACGAGUGAAACGCCAACAAAUAAAAAACAGAAAAAGAGCAAAAACACAGUGGAUGAGAGCGAGCUGCUGACGGUACCAGACGGCUGGAAAGAGCCCAAGUUCACCCGAGAGGACAACCCCAAAGGUUUGCUGGAGGAGAGCAGCUUCGCCACACUUUUCCCCAAGUACAGGGAGGCGUACCUGAAAGAGUGCUGGCCGCUGGUGCAGAAAGCGCUUGGAGAUGUGUUCAUCAAUGCCACACUGGACCUGAUUGAAGGCAGUAUGACGGUGCACACAACAAAGAAAACAUUUGACCCGUAUGCAAUCCUCAGAGCAAGGGAUCUCAUCAAGUUAUUGGCCAGAAGUGUGCCGUUUGAACAGGCUGUACGGAUACUUGAAGACGACAUGGCUUGUGACAUCAUAAAAAUCGGGACUCUUGUGCGAAACAGAGAGCGCUUCGUGAAGAGACGCCAGAGGCUGAUCGGCCCCAAGGGCUCCACGCUGAAGGCACUAGAGCUUCUGACCAACUGUUACGUGAUGGUUCAGGGCAACACAGUGUCGGCUCUCGGCCCGUUCAGUGGCUUGAAGGAGGUACGGAAAGUCGUGCUUGAGACGAUGAAGAACAUUCACCCCAUUUACAACAUAAAGACAUUAAUGAUCAAGCGGGAGCUGGCGAGCGACCCGGAUCUGCGCACUCAGAACUGGGAGAGAUUCCUGCCCAACUUCCGCCAUAAGAGUCUCUCCAAACGCAAGCAGCCCAAGAAGAAGACGAUCAAGAAGAAGGAGUACACGCCGUUCCCCCCGCCUCAACCCGAGAGCAAGAUUGAUAAGCAACUGGCGACCGGCGAGUUCUUCCUGCUAGAGAGCGAGAAGAGGCGCAAGAAGAUGACUGAGAUUAAGGUGAAACAGGCUGAAGCUUUAUCCAAGAGACAAGAGCAGCGGCAGAAGGAUUUCAUUCCCCCGAAAGAGAAGCCCGUUGUGAAGAAGACCAAACCAGCAACCACAGAAAACAAAAUUGAUAUACAAGCCAUUAAAGAAAAAGUGAAGAAAGCAAAAAGUAAAAAGCUUGGAGCUCCUCCUGUAAACCCCGAGACGCCUUCAGCGAAAGACGGCAAGCGGAAGAAACUCAAAAGCUAACUCGCGUCGGUCGAUCCGAACUCUGAUCCUGGAGACACACACUCACACCACACUGUUCAGCGCUUGUAAUAUUGUGUUGUUUGGUGUUAUGCUUCGUCAACUGCAUUAUAAAACCUUAAUAUCACAAUAUUUUAAGAUUUUGGCUUGUCGGAGAUGAGGAAUAAGAGACGGGAAAAUAUGAAACACAAAACUGUAGACCACAUGAGUUUGAAACUGUUAAACGCUGCUUCUGUUUGAGGCAGGCGACAGAUGCGCGUUGAUCGUGUUACAUACUUGAGUUAUAAUAAUAGUAUAUACAGUAUGUGCAUUCGAAGGCUAUUAGAUGACCUAUAAAUCGACAUGUCUUUUGUAACAGCUGAAUCUGUGAUGCUCUCGUGCCAUUCGUCAUGAGCAAAGUGCAUCUGUGUUCAUUUUUCAAGAUUCUUUUUUGCUACCCAGAAUGCUUGGCUUAAAUGCUUUUUUUUAUUUCUCUGAUGUAUGGCAAUAAAUCGAAUGAUAUUUUUGUCAUAUAUCAGUCUCACUUGUAUAAACUGAGAGGAAUAGAUGGACUAAAUUGGUAUCCCAAAUCAAACCCAUUAAAUAUUACUGUGAUCUACAGAUACUUGAAAGUUCAUGAGGAGGAGAUUUUGCAUUGCAGAAAUUAGAAUUUGUGUAGUAAAUGUGCUUAAUUGUUAAGAAAAUGUGAAUGUAAAUUCACUUAUUAUUUUCUUCUAACUUAUUCUUUGCAUAAAAUUAGCUUCAACAA